AAACCAAAUUAGCACUGUUCAAUUCACUUACGCUAAUAUUAACCAAACUAUAAGAACCCUCAAAAGUUCAAAAGGUUUCGGUACCGACGGUAUAUCAUCUUACUUCUAUAAAUAUGGUGGCCCUGACAUUCCUCUACUGCUGCUUAAAAUAUUCACAAUGUCCCUAGAAACCCAAACUUACCCUGACAUAUGGAAGACAACAUUCAUUAUGCCUAAACACAAAUCUGGCUCGAAAACUGAAGUCAGUAACUACCGGCCAAUCAAUAUCACACCUAUAGCAUCUAGAAUCAUGGAGAGACUAGUCAAAGAUAACCUAAUCAAACAUAUGCUUAGCUGCAAUAUUAUAAGUCCGAACCAACAUGGAUUCCUGAAAUCCAGAUCAUGUUUAACAUGUCACCUAGACUUCUUCAAUUUUGUAACCAGCAGUCGUGACAGACGGCAACUAGUACUUGUCAUCUACUUUGACAUUUCUAAGGCAUUUGACCGUGUUGACCAUUUACUGCUAACAAAUAAGCUGAACUCCUUAGGAAUACGUGACCCAUUAUUAGGAUGGCUUAAAUCAUUCCUUAACAAUAGGUCCCAAAUAGUUAAACUCGGGUCUGCAACCUCCAAACCUAGCCCUAUCACUUCUGGUGUAGUACAAGGUAGUGUCAUUGGACCCCUCCUAUUUACACUAUACAUCAAUGACAUAUGCGCUUGCUUCACGCACGGGAAACCAUUCAUCUUUGCAGAUGACCUAAAAGUAGCUUAUACAUUCCAAAGUGAUGACUUAGGGAACUUCGAGAAUGUAGUGCAGAAGGAAUUAGAUAAAAUGACUGCUUGGUCGUCCCUAUGGAAUCUCCAAUUCAAUCUGAAAAAAUGUGGCUGGAUCUGCUUCGGUGCACCCUCAAUUGACCUGAAAUUAACGCUCCAAUCUGCUAACCUAACCAGACUCCGAAGUGUCGUUGACCUAGGCCUGAGGUACUCUAGUGACUUGACAUUCUCUGAGCAAGUAGCAUCACAGACUAGAAAAUCGAGGAUGCUCUUAGGAUGCAUACUCAGGAACUUUCACGACAAUGAAGCCAAGCUAAUUCUGUACAAAACAUGUGUCAGACCACUACUAGAAUACUGUCCAUUUAUUAUAAGCAGCACUCGCACACGUGACAAGCUAAGGAUGGAAAGUAUCCAACGAUAUUUUACCUCAAAACUACUUGGCUAUGAUUGUAAGAAAGACUACAUCUCACGGUGCAUGAUCCUAAAACUUGACCCACUUUGGACAAGGCGACUUAUUAUAAACCUAAUAUUCUUCUUUAAGGUCCUUCACAAAAUAUCAUUCUCAGGUAACAGGGACAUACAAUUCGCACAGGAAGGUUCUUACGAUCUGCGUAACCAAACUUCCACAGUGACAACUCAUUCUUUUAAGUCAACACUCCGUGAAAACUUCUUCACAGUCAUGUAUUCUAAAAUAUGGAAUAGCCUACCCCUAGAUGUCAGAACUUGCUCUUCGGUUACAAGCUUCAAACGCUCUCUGCAUAGACUGUUUCACUCUACUGAUUAUAUCAAUAAACUAUUUACUCCUAAAACGAAUCAACUACUAAUCUACUACAGCACCUAAAAGACGCACUUCAACACCCUUAACAAUCUAAAAACCAUAAAUAAACUAGCAGCAUGGAUGCAUAAAGACUUAGUACGGAACAUACAGGAAUAGUUUACCCCUAGAAAUAGGACGUGUCACUUUAUUGUAACCUUCAAACGCUUGCUAUAUAAACUGUUUUAUCCCAAAGUCUAUCCCUACCAGAACUCAUUACUUACUUCUAAAACGCAUCAGUCAUUAGAACACUAAAACGCUCAGACUCAUUAAUACACAUCAUGACACUAAAUAAACUCUAAGACUUCGCAUAAAUACGUAAAAAGAACUAUAACUAAAAAUAAUUUCUUAAUAAUUUAUUAUACAAUUGACAUAAACAAUAUAUAUAUAUACAUUAAUGUCCUUUUAAUGUUCACAUACUUUCUCUUUUUGGUACUCUGAUACUCCUAUUCAUCUUCUGGUCGAGGUCGAACAACCCUGCAUCUAAACUGAAAUGAGGAUUAAUUCCAAACCAUCUACCUCAUAACCACCCAAAUUCCAUGAACGAUCCAAUUCUACCAUUUGAAGACGCUGGCGAACAUGCUGUAAAUGAGUAUUCAUGAUCUGAAAUGAAG